CUCCUCCACGUCCUCUCUCGACGAUAUUGCAGUGUUCACUCAUGGCAGCCUCGCUGGGCUCAAGUCUCAACUUCAUCUCGUAUCCACCGUCAACAACUGCCCGUCCGGCGAGCUCCGCCGCUUCUAGAAGCUACAUUCCGGUGCGAUGUGGCGCCGGGUCACGGAGCAACCGAGGGCCACUCUACAAAGGCCGAAUUCUCAGCACAGAGGCGAUCCAAGCCAUCCAAGCUCUGAAGCGGGCGCAGAGAACGAACCCCUCGGAAAUCGACUCCAGUAUUUCUUCUACAAUUUCCCGCCUCCUUAAGCCGGACCUACUCGCCGCCUACAAAGAGCUUCUCCGUCAAGAGCACUGCGAUUUGGCUCUCAGAGUCUUCUCCUCCCUUCGACUGGAAUACGACUCGCCGGACUUGAAUCUGUACGCCGACAUGGCCGCCACUUUGGCUAGGAACGGAUUGACAGAAGAAAUCGACCGUUUGAUUUGCGAUUUGGAAAAUGAAGCUGCGAUCCAGCUUGACGGUUCCAAUUCCAAGGGGCUGAUUAAGUUAGUGAAGGCGUUGAUUGCAGCUGGGAGGGCGGAAUCGACGGCUAGGGUUUACCGGCUGAUGAAGAGGAGCGGAGCUGAAGUUGAUGAUUAUCUGGCUAUAGUGUUGAGUAAGGGAUUGCGGCGGUUUGGGAUGAAGGAGGAAGCUGAUGAGGUUGAAAUGGAAUUACACAGGUUGUCUCGGGGCAUUCUGGACAAACAACAAGUUUAGACAUUACUGCAGUUUGCUUAUAGAAGAAAACCAGAAAUUAGUCUAAUUGUGUAAACGCUUUUAUAUCAAUUAAAGAACCAAUUACUCUUCACUCUGAGAGUAUUUUUUUAAAAGUCUUCGGUUGAUUAUUCUAUAAGUGAAAGAUGCUUGAGUUAAUCCAUACCGAGCAUUACUCCAUCUCUGCCAAUCUCUCACUCCACCUCACCAGGUAAGAUUGACUAUAAAGAGUAGGGAUGUGCUUUUGAAGGACUAAAACAAAAACUAGGCAUCAAGGAAUUCAAUUGUAGUUGUAUCUUUUUCAUGUUUGGACUGUGUGCAGAGUUCAACAAUAUUUUGGAUUGGAUGAAGAAGCAAAA